CCUCUAGACAGUGGUGAAGCAUUCAUGAACCAAAGGCCACAGUGUUUAAACAACCCAGCCUCUGGGAAGUGAAUGAAUCCCUCUGUUCUCUGCCUUCAAGGGUCUAACGAACCAUGAAUGAGAUUGGGAAUAAAGGUGACUGACUGACUGACUGGUAAACUGUGACAUUGCCCUACUCGUGUGUGGGCAAAGGUCAUACGGGAGGAAGAAGCCCUGGACCAGCCUCUGAGAUCUGGUUUGGAAAAGCCUCAGCCACUUGGAGUGAGUGGCUUUUGAGCAAGUCCCUUAGCCUGUCUGGAUCUCCAGGUGUGCCCCCUUGUUACCUCUCUGGAGCUCUGGAUGAAAGCUUGAGACCAACACAGUUCCUAGAGGUGGUGCCCAGGAUAAUAUCCUGACAAUGACCGGGUGUCUUCCAGCUGUUGGCCUACGAUGCCUAUCUAGGGACGGCAGGAUGGCUGCGCCCGGCGCGCCUCGCUUCCUCCUGACCUUCGACUUCGAUGAGACCAUCGUGGACGAAAACAGCGACGACUCGAUCGUGCGCGCGGCGCCAGGCCAGCAACUACCCGAGAGCCUGCGAGCCACCUACCGCGAGGGCUACUACAAUGAGUACAUGCAACGCGUCUUCAAGUACCUGGGUGAGCAGGGCGUACGGCCCCGGGACCUGCGCGCCGUCUACGAGACCAUCCCCCUGUCGCCAGGCAUGGGCGAUUUGCUGCAGUUCGUAGCCAAGCAGGGCUCCUGCUUCGAGGUUAUUCUCAUUUCGGAUGCCAACACCUUCGGUGUGGAGAGUGCCCUGCGUGCCGCUGGCCACCACAGCUUAUUCCGCCGCAUCCUCAGCAACCCAUCCGGGCCCGACGCGCGGGGACUGCUGACGCUGCGGCCCUUCCACACGCACAGCUGCCCGCGCUGCCCCGCCAACAUGUGCAAGCACAAGGUGCUCAGCGAAUACCUCCGUGAGCGGGCCCGCGACGGCGUGCACUUCGAGCGCCUCUUCUACGUGGGCGAUGGUGCAAAUGACUUCUGCCCCAUGGGGCUGCUGGCGGGCGGGGACGUGGCCUUCCCGCGCCGCGGUUACCCCAUGCACCGCCUCAUCCAGGAGGCCCAGAAGGCCGACCCCAGCUCCUUCCGCGCCCACGUGGUGCCCUGGGAAACGGCCGCAGACGUGCGCCAACAUCUGCAACAGGUGCUGAAGAUGUGUUGAACAUCACCUGCGAGGGGUACCCGGGGACAACCGGCGGAAGGGGGGGGGCAGGACUGGGAAUUGGUUAAGACCACCUGGUUUCACUCCUUCCUCUUCGCUCUGCUAUGUUCCUCUGGGCAUUUCUGGAAUUUUGUCCGCUUGUGGUCUGGGAGCGGAGACUAGGAGCCGUCCCUAUCUAUGCAGUUACCACAGCUCGGCUGCCUCUUCUCCAGGGAGUGGCGAGCACCCCUUGGAAGGCAGGCAGUGUCCCUCGAACUGAGAGGAAGGGGCUCCUGGCAGCUGGGAGAAGGGAUAUCUCCCCACUACUUCAGCUGCCGCUUCGGCCGCGUAACUUCCCCUACCUAGUCUUCUUUCAAUCGGACUCAGGAGGCCCCCCCCGCGCCCCGCCCCCAGUCCGCAUGCCAGCGCCGGCUUCCUCGCGCAGACCCGCGAUGCUCUCGGGAGACAGCUCCAAAGCAUCCUUGAUGUUGGGCCAGCCACCGCGAUCCCACACCGCUGCUGCGCGGGUCGCGCCUUGCUUCCCUUCCCCCGCCCACCAUGCCAGACACCCCCCAAAGGAAGAAAAAGCCAGAGGGAGCAGCCAACCUCCUGCUGGUGGAACGAGGCAGAACCAACCAAUGACCUCGGAGAGUGUGACCAAUCUCACUCCAUCCUCAUCUACCACAGCAAGAGACCAGGGACUUCACCAAAGCCGUCCUCCGCCCCCCCCCCUCCCUCAGCCCUUAUGGAACAGAAAGCCAUGUUUUUACGUAGAGCCAGGGAAACCCAAGCCCCUCCCCCUUCUGGUAUUUCAGACCUAUAAAGGAGGUGAAGGGGGGACAAA